AUGGAGCAAUCCCAGCCUGCUCGGCGCUCAAGGCGGCAGCUUGAUCAUCGUAACACCGCCAGGGCCGACGGCCUCGACGAAGAGGAGAUCGGGGACAACGGAGAGACUCCUGCCAGCUCAGAGCUUGUUAAUCAACCGGACGAGAUGAUCGACACACCAACAGAUACGCAGUCCAAGCCUCGUCUGAACACCGGACGCACGAACAAGUCUCGAACUGUGUUUACUCCCGAGCAACUAGCAUUGCUCCAGGACGCGUUUGAAAAGAAUCCGUAUCCAUCCCGCGAAGUCCGGGAGAAACUUGAAGAGGUUACUGGACUUACCCCUUCGUUAUCGACCGCUCGCACAUCUCCGCCAACAUAUUCCCACUCCCGAUCUACGUCUCCCUCCUCGGAUGCUCGGCCGCAGUCGCCUCGGCGUCGGGCUCAUUCAUCAGCUCUCCUUCCCCCAACCGGAGCCUCGUACAUCGGGCCUUUCCUCCCUUGCCUCCUGGGCCCCGCCUGUCAAUCAUUCCGAGGAACCCCUCACCGCGGCUACUAUCCUGAGGAUUAUCAUACGAGCGCUCCGAUUUCACAUACCUCUGGCAUUCCAUUUCCGAGCGCUUCAAAACAUGGCUAUUCCCUCGACUCUUAUGCGUCUCGACGUGAUAUGAUAACUCAAUCAUCCACGCCUCCAUCCUCAGCUCCCACGCUCCCGCCUGUCAGAUCAAGGCCGUCGCUCGAAUGGGCGUGCGCUAUUGAACGGCAGCGUGUUCGCCCGUAUCCUAAAAAGCCGGCCUCCCGCGAGACGGGAUGGUCAAGGCAUGGCAAUCCUAGUCUUGAUGGAACUCGCUCACGUUCUCAUAGUUACUCUGCAGCUCACGGUUCCUCGAGCGGACGCAAGGACGAAGAAGAUGGUGGUGGCUCAGAAACUGAACCAGAGGAUGACGAUGUUCAUGAGGUCUUUACCCCUCCUCAGAGCCUUUUGGCAUUGGAACGUCAAGCUCUAGUUCAAAGCUUUGGAAGUGCAAUAAGUGCCAGCUCCUCGACAAACAAGUUCACCAGCGAGACUCAAGCUGAUUUGGACGCUGCCAUGAUCCUUGUUGGUAUGGGCAAGAGCUGA